AUGCCGUGCCGGUUGUUGUCGCAACCGGCGGCAAAUCGCGUCUACGAUAUCAACACCAAAGUUCCAAAGGAUGUGAUGCUGUUCAAGUACGAAAAUCCACGCUUCUUCAAAAUGCUCAACAUUUUCGCUGUGUCACAGUUCCUUUUCUGGGGCUAUCUGUGUCAUUUUUCAUACACCACGCUCAAGGAUGCCCCGGUACAGGACGAUGGAAAAGAGGAUCUGCCCUGGUACAAGAGGAUAAAUCUUGGGGAAAACAAGUACCGCAAUAGCAUAGCAAUAAUGUGCUUUUUUAUAGGUUACGGAAUUUUAGUUGCUUCUUGGAUGUUCACACUACGCUCCGUGAGGUAUUUAGUGCUGCGCAAAGGGGGAGAGAAGGUAAGCUUUGUGACAUACGCCCCUUUCGGCACCAAUCGGAUAAUGGAUGUUCCGCUGAAGUGCGUUUCCGCCCAAGAAUCAAGGGAAGCUGCCCGUGUCACUGUUCCGAUUAAGGUGAAAAAUCGAACCCUUUUCUAUGUGCUGGACAUGCGAGGUGAAUUCAUGAAUUCUAAACUGUACGACUACACGGUAGGAAUGGGAAGAAAACUAAAAUGA